UUAGUCGGCAGUCGGUCUCUGGUCGGCCCCAAGAAUAGUCGUAUCGAGGCGGUAGUCGAGUAUCACCUCUCUUCUUCUCCUCCUCCUGCUGCUUGUGCCGGCACGAGCGCACUCGUCGUCGCAACCCACCGCGCGCACACGGGAGAACACGCGCGGCUUAUCGACUGGGCUGUGCGCGCGCGCGCGCGCAUUCCUCCUCUUUCUCGCUCUCUCUCUCUCUUUCUCUCUUUCUCUCCUCGCCUUCCAUCUCGCCUUCCUUCCUUCCUCCUCCGUCUCCCUCUUUCUCUGCACGCAGUACCUCGUGACUGGCCUCUCCUCCUCCUCUUCCUCCUCCCGGUCCGCUCCUCCUCCACCUCCGCCGCCUCCAUCGCCACCUCCACCUCCACCAUCACCACCACCACCACCUUUGCCUCCUUCUUUCGUCUUCCCUCUCGCACACACACACGCACUCAUACGCGCCCCCUCCCUCCCCCUCGCCCAUAUCCAGCGGUACACUCCACCCUGUGGUGUCGUCGUGCGUGCGGAGCGCACACCCUCUCCGCCCUGUGACUCGGCGGCUCGUGCCACCGCGCAUCCACCCAGCGCCGAUAUACCGCGAUACCGCGGAUACCACGACGCGGGGAUACGCGGCUGAUCUACCGCGUGCGCGCGAUCGCGAUCUCGAUCUCGAUCCCGAUUCAGAUCCCGAUUUCGUCCGAGGCUCGAAGGCUCCGCUCAGUGUCACCGCUCGUUCUUUCGCGUGUGUGUGUGUGUGUGCGCGCGCGCGCGUGUCCUACGACCCGCCUUCUCUCUUUCUUUUUUUUUUUCUCUCUUUUCCUUUUUCCUUCUCUUUCGUACUCUCUCUCUCUCUCUUUCUCUCUCCGAUUCCUUUCCUUUCCUUACCUUUCCUUGCUCGUCUCUCGAGAAGAGUAUAUACGCACGGAGAGUAAUACCACGUUGUUGCGAAACAAGGUGCGAAGUGUGUGCGCGCGAUCGCGAUCGGUCGUCGUCGGUGGUGGAUCCAUCCAUCCGACCAACCAACCAACCAUCUAUCCAUCCAUCCAUCCAUCCAUCCGUUUCCCUGUAUUCUCGUCUGUCCCCGGCAGAGCGACGAGCAAGCGUCCCUCUCGACUCUCUCGAAGCUCGGAUGCUUGGGUCGCCGACGAAGGCAACGAACGGGGAACCCCGCCGCCCGACCGAGAUGUCGCGCACGGGACAAGGAUCCCAGAGGUCGCGCGAACUCUGCCUAGUGCGCGAGUGAGUGAGGAAGAAAAAGAGUGCGUGAGAGAGUUUGUCGCCUUGGCCGAAGCCGAGCGUUUUCGACCGCCUCUCUCUCAAAUUUGUCUUUAAGGUGGUGCGCGAAACACGCGAAACUCCGUUGGUGGAACAAGAGGAACAAGGGGGCAAGGGAGCAGCGCCAACAAGAGCGACGUAAACGUGGCCUGAUCCUCGGCGAGCCCGUGCCCAAGGAGCCGAGCGAGGCAAAGCUUGACAAAUAAUCCUCGAUCGAGGAAACGAGGCGAAGAGAAACGAGGGAGGCAAGAAGGAGGAAGAGAAGUUGGACGGGGUGGUCGCGGCCGCGGAAGAAGAGGAAACCGGCAGGGUGGUUCGAGGCGGGACAGGAGGCGCUGACGCCCUGGCGACUGCCGGGGUGGUUUACCCGGCCGCGACAGCGACGUUGUUCCCUGGCCGGGUGUCAGCCGGACACCACCACCCCGAGUUCACCACCACGUUGGAGGUGGGGUUCCCGGCGCGCGGCACCACCGCCUCCAUGGCGUUGGUGGCCGCGCCGCCCUCGUGGCCUUCGCGGGACCCUGGGGCCAGCCUGGCAGCGACCGGCGCGGCCGCGGCGGCAGCCGCUGCCGCGGCCGGCGCCGCGGCCGCCGCCGCAUCCGCCACGGGCCCAGGCCCCAUCCAGAUCGCCCCCCCGCCCCCCAUGCCCCCGACCCACCUCACGCCCUCCGCCACGCCGGAGGACAUCACCUGCCUCGUGCCCCCGGCCGGGGUUCUCACGCCCAGGGACCCCUUGCCGCCCAGCACCACCCCCGGCAGCCAGGCCAACAGCUCCCAGUCGGGCAGCUCGCAAACCGACAAAUCGCCCAACAUCGAGUGCGUCGUGUGCGGGGACAAGAGCAGCGGCAAACACUACGGCCAGUUCACCUGCGAGGGAUGCAAAAGCUUCUUCAAGAGAAGCGUAAGGAGAAACCUAACUUACUCGUGUCGGGGGAAUAGGAACUGUCCCAUCGACCAACACCAUAGGAAUCAGUGCCAGUUUUGUCGAUUGAAAAAGUGCCUGAAGAUGGGCAUGCGACGGGAAGCGGUGCAAAGGGGACGAGUGCCGCCGUCGCAGCCGUCGCUACCAGGUUUGCCGGGCCAGUUCGCCCUGACGAACGGGGACGCCGUGGCGUGCGCGAGCCUCAACGGCCACUCGUACCUGUCCUCGUACAUAAGCCUCCUCCUCAGGGCGGAACCGUACCCGACCUCGCGCUACGGCCAGUGCAUGCAGCCCAACAACAUCAUGGGGAUCGACAACAUAUGCGAGCUGGCCGCCCGCCUCCUAUUCUCGGCGGUCGAGUGGGCAAGGAACAUCCCGUUCUUCCCCGACCUCCAGGUCACCGACCAGGUAGCCCUCCUCAGGCUAGUGUGGAGCGAGCUGUUCGUGCUGAACGCGAGCCAGUGCUCGAUGCCGCUCCACGUGGCGCCCCUCCUCGCCGCGGCGGGCCUCCACGCGUCCCCGAUGGCCGCGGACCGCGUCGUCGCCUUCAUGGACCACAUCAGGAUCUUUCAGGAGCAAGUCGAGAAGCUGAAGGCCCUCCACGUAGACUCCGCCGAGUACAGCUGCCUCAAGGCCAUCGUCCUCUUCACCACAGACGCGUGCGGGUUGUCGGACGUUGCCCACAUCGAGUCGCUUCAGGAGAAGUCGCAGUGCGCGCUCGAGGAGUACUGCAGGACCCAAUACCCGAACCAGCCGACGAGAUUCGGCAAGCUGUUGCUUAGAUUGCCGUCCCUGAGGACGGUCUCGUCCCAGGUGAUCGAGCAGCUGUUCUUCGUACGACUGGUCGGGAAAACGCCGAUCGAGACGUUGAUCAGGGACAUGUUGCUCAGCGGCAGCAGUUUCAACUGGCCCUACAUGUCCACGAUGUGACACACUGUCUGGCGACACUUGGCUUCCGCGUAAUGAUCAACCAACCGCCGUCAACCAAUUACCCCUCCCCCCUCCCCUUCGAACAACAACCUCCUUCGAACGACGCCGCCGCCACCACCCGAUCGCCGAUCGUGAAAACAGGGCCCGACGCGCGACGAGGGAAGAUGGUCGCCGCGGAGGAGAGGACGAGCGACGAGGAAAGGAAGGAAGGACAAGUUCGUGUCAACGUGUGAAAACGGGAGGAGAAGACGUCGUCGCGCGUUUCGAUCGCUUUUCUCGAUCGCGAUUAACGACAAUAAGUGGAGGAGGAAGGGGAUAGAAGAAAGGGGCGCGAAGAAAUCGUGAAUUGAUGGUCGAUGGGGGAGGGGAGGGGAUCGGCGAGAAGACACGCUUAGUUAGUUUUUCUUCGCCUUCCUCCCCCGCCACCACUUUCGUUGCGACGGGCAAGCUUAACUUAGCGAUGAGCGAGCUUAUUUCCCCUCCCACGAUCGGAAAAAAAGCGACGUAUGGACGAGGAGAUCUGUCUCGUUAUUAUUUAAUCCCUCUCCUCCCCCCUCCCCACUCGAUCGAAACGAUUGGGAAUCGAUUACGUAAGCAACGAUUACGAUUAUUAAGACGAUUCGAAGAAGCUCGAAUAAACGACGCGCGCGACCAGCCUGUAACUGGACGAACGCCUAUAUUUUUUUCUGAACGCGGAUAUAUGUUCGAUCGAGGGCUGGUCGCGAGUCACGAAUUCGAACAUAUAUAUAUAUAUAUAAAAUGUUAUUAUACGAGUUGGCAACGCGGUGGACGAACAGCGACGAUCCUCCGGAAUACUCGGGGGGAGGGGACGCAAUGUGAUAAUAAGCGUACGUGGAGAUUCCCGAAACACGGUGCUUUCUUACUUUAUAAAUAAAUGAAUGAAUAAAUAAAUAAAUAAAUAAGUAAGUAAGUAAAUAAAUAAAUAAAUAAAUAAAUAAAUAAAUAAAUAAAUAAAUACUGUACGAUAAAAUGCCGGGGCUCGACGCGUUGUACAGGGUUGGCCGUAGUAGUGGAGGCCGGCGAACGAAGAGAGAAGAGAUAAAGGAAGGCGGGGGAAAUGAUCGAAGACUGCGCCCACGACACGCGUACGUGGCAACGUCGAACUAGUUACUUACAAUUAGACAACCAUUUAGGGGUAUAUGGGAAUAUUUCUAAUAUUUUUAAGCAGCGAUCGAUUUUCUUAAAAAAAAAAAAUUGCGACGCGCGCGCGCAAACACACACGCAGAACACGAAUAUACACAUACAAAUACACAUAUAACAUAUAUACACACAUACACAAUAUAUAUAUAUAUAUAUAUAUACGCAAGGAGCGAAGGAGCAACGCGUCUCGAUGAAAAUCUACGAGGCGUACGCGGUCCAGGCGAUCGGGAAUCGAAUCGAAUCGAAUCGAAUCGAGUCGAAUCGAGUCGAAUCGAGUCGAGUCGAAUCGAGUCGAGUCGAGUCGAGUCGAGUCGGAUCGAGUCGAAGGUAGCGAGCUUUUCGAGCGUCUCGCAUGGAUUCCACGCCCGAGACGCGUCCCCCUCGUCGAACGCGAUUUUUUUCUCCCCGGAGAAAUUGUAUUAUAUAUAUAUCAAACACGAAUGUGCGUUGUGUGGUUGAAUGUACGUAGACCGAAAAUCGGACAUCUAUGUAGCGUUAUGUAUAAAGGCGCGAGAAGAUUUUUGUAUAAAAAAACGUGUACAUAAUUAAUAUAUAUGCAUAUAUAUAUAUAAAAAAUACAGAUAUAAAUACGAUUAUAAAUAUACGAACGUAAGCGCGAAAUAUAAACACGUAAUAUACGUAUGAAUGUAAAGAAAUAUAUAUGUCAGAAUUA